UCGGAUUGAGCUGCUGUCACAACACACAGUCCGCUCGGGUGAUGCGGAGAGCUGGAGUCGGGUUUUAGUGUUGAGUUUCUUCUUCCUGAGCGGACGCGGCGCUCUGCCUCCCGUCUGUCUGUCUGUGUGUCUGUGUAUCUGUCUGUCUGUCUGUGUGUCUGCGCGAGGAGGAGAAUGCAGAGGUUUGGCAGAGACGCAUAACUGCGCGGUAGGACGGACAUUAUCGGUUGAAGGACGUCCGCUAGUUUUUGGGCCAUGCCUCUGAUCAGCCUGGACGAUGAGGAUCAGAGGUGGGUUCCGACCCACGUCAACGUGACGGUCCUCCGGGCCAGGGCUCUGCGCACCAAGGGCAAGCAGGGCAGCCGCUAUGUGUACACCGUCAUCCAGCUGGGCAAGACCAAGUACACCACGGGACUGACGGAGAAAGCGGCCGAGCCCGAGUGGAAUGAGGAGUGCUCUCUGGAGCUGCAGCCCGGCCUGCUGGAGUGUGUGGGGGCGCAUCCCGCCAAGAGCGGGGAUCUGAUCCUCAGCGUCAUGCUCCGGGUGCUGAUCGGACUCGACGUGUUCCUCGGGGAAGCCGUGGUGCCUUUGGAUAAGGUGUUUCAGCGAGGGACAUGUCCUAGGAACGAGUGGCUUAAGUUGCGCUCCAAACCUGGGAGGAAGGAGAAGGAACGAGGAGAACUGCAAAUCACCAUCCAGUUCACUCGCAAUAACAUGACGGCCAGCAUGUACGACCUGACCAUCCAGGACAAGCCUCGCUCCGCCUUCGGCAAGUUGAAGGACCGCGUCACUGGCAAGAAAAGAGGGGACGUAGAGUCCUCGUCAGCGAUCCUCCCUGGCCGCUAUGCCGCUCUGUCGGGUUCGACAAGUCAGCCUUUCCAGGAGGAUGGUGGUGUGGAGGAGCCGGUACAGGAUGAGUAUACUGACGAAGGCAAGAGCAAGGUGAAGGGUUUCUUUCUGAAGGGAAAGUUACAGAAGAACUCAGACACGCGAUCCUGUUCAUCGUUGGCCUCAGACAGCAGUUUGGGGUCAUCCACGGGGGAUCCUUUUGUUCCCAUCGAGCUGUGCAGCACCCCGGUCUACAGCAGCAGAGUUAUGGAGCCUUUCCGCGCUGAUGCAGACGGGGGAGUGAAGGUGAUGACGCACAAGCGCGCGCACAGCGACGAGGCCAGUAAGAUCACAGUUGCCUCACGUCCCAGUACGGCUGUUGAGAGUGUAAAAGGCCAGAACACGCUGCUCUCCAAGUCCAGCCUCUGCAUCAAUGGCAGCCAUGUUUAUUCUGAGCCCGUCUACUCCAAAGGACCUGGGAGUCUUCCGAUCAAGCGUACGCUACUAGAGAAAUGCUCCCCUUUAUCACGCUCGCUGCAGAAUCUCACCCGCCGCAGCGAAGACACGCAGAGGCGUGGCUCCAUUGACAAGAGCAAAAAGGAGCUCGAGGGAGAAGCGGAAGGCUGCUCAGCCCAAACAGUAGGAAUCACCCUAUCAGAGGGGAGGCCGGUGCAUGCCACUGCCCCCUUAGUGAUGACGUCUUCCACUACAGAUAUCUCAGAUAAAGGGAAGAAGCUCAGGAAGACUCUGUUCUCCAGCGGGAGAAGUGACUCCCUCCCAGCCAAACCUGAGCAGGGUCAGGAGGGACGUCUGCGUGGCUGGUUCGGUUCCAGCGACGCCCAAAACAAGCCAAGGCUGGGAGUUCCACCUAAAGUAGAAAGCAUCCCAGAAACAUCCUCUUCCCACCCUCCCUGCUACCCCGCCCUACCACCACGGUCUCUUCCCCUAGUUUCUACUACUAGCCAUAUGCCGUCCUCUCCUGUUGGUCCUCUAUCUAAUCCAUUCUCCCAUUCCUCCCCUUCACCAACCUCCAUCUCCCCUACCAACCCUUUCCUCACACGGCUGCAGAGGAACCCCUUUUUUGAGGAGCUCAUAGCUGAGGAAGCUUUAAAAUCUCCUCCUGCGAUUUCCGGCUACCAAAACUCUCCAUUCAACCAUUACCCAGCAUUCCCUGUGAGGACUGGCCUUCCAAGCACUAUCCGUGAUGGCACACCAAACAAACUGUCUCCUAUAAAGAGAGAGAGACCUCGGGGUGUCGCUCGACAGAGAUCCUUGCCUGCUUUAAUGCCUGGGACACCAGAGGCAGCCACUGUGAACUCUAAUAAUGCAAUGCAAGCAAGUCGUCCUUUAUCUGAGAGUAGGGGGGAACGGGAUGAAUUCGAAGCUUUGGCCACCAGCCGUCUUAAAUCGCCAGUUGGAACUCCCACUCGUCCAUCCUCCGUCACAAUCCCUCCUUCACCUCCUAGCCCUUAUCCAAUCGAAUACUGCAGCAUUAAGCAAAAAAUGGCGAUUGUAGCUGAUGAAAGACUCUCCAAAGACUGCAUUUUACCUGCCUUAACCUCACGGAGGACAGGCAGGACCCCACUGCCCUUUCAGGAGAGGUGCUCAGACAGCUGGCUAGACCGAGCACAGGAACUUGCAGUCCAGAAAGAAGCUUGCCUGCUCUUCCAGACAGAUUUGGCUUCACUACGAAAUCGAGAGAGACAGAGAGAGACUAACACCAAAGUUUCUCAAUUAGGAAAAAAUGUGCACUGUGCUAACCUGAAGGAGAAUGUGAAUGUUCAUCCAUCUUCACAUACUGUACCAAAGCCCAGAGAUGGAAAUCUGAACAUUUUAGAAAAUGGCCAAGAUAAAAUUUUGAACGAUUUGCAAGAUGGUUAUGAACAUAUUCAGGAAAACUCCCAGUAUUCUGCAAAUGAUCGCACUGUGCCCAGUACACCAUUUUGCCUCUCAGACUGCGACACGACUAUAAGCGAGUCACUGUGUAGUGACUAUCAGGUCCCGAUAAAUCCAGAGUCGUCCUCCGAACUGAAACCUUUUCCUGAACAACAGAUCGAGAAUAUAAUCACCACCCCAGAUUUCAAUAAUAAUACAAAUGACACUUCUCAGUUUGCGUUUAUUGAUUGUGACAGCUCACCUUCAGAUGCGAACCAGACUACUUUCGGAAUAAUAAAUAAAGACAGAAACAAGGGAAUUUUGUCGGGAAAUGGGUUCUCCUCAGUGCCCCCUGAAGAUUUCUCAAACAGAAUGGCAGAACAAGAACCACUUUCCCCAAAGGAAUCUCCAGAUACUGUUGUUGUUGUUGUUGCUAGUGGAAUGUCCAGCAAUAACCAUUAUAAAAAACCAUGUGACGAAUUAGAACAAAACAGCCUCCAACUCAAUUCAAAACUCACUGUGAGUGUUGAAUCAGGGCAUCCCAAUCACAAAGAAAGCUCUGUAAGUCCACCAACAAUCCACCAACAAGACAGAGAUGACGGGAGUGUGACGGCACAGCAUAAACCUGGGGCGACAGAGGACAAUGCAGGCUUAGAUGCGCUGCAUGAAGUAGGAUGUCAUCUCAUUUAUGACAAGAGUAAGAUUAAAGCAGCAGAACUCCAGCCAGAAGCAGAUAGUUCCGAUGCUCAUGUUGCAGAGAGAAACAAGAUCAGCGAGUCACCUUCGUCUCUAACAGAUGGCAUCAGUUUUAAAGACUUGCAUGCCCAAGUAGCACCAAGAGGCUCGAGCAGCCCUUCCAAGACUGAAGUCAAAUCAGCACGCAUUAGAACAUGUCCCAUGAGAAACCACCCCAAGACUGACCCCAGUGCAACACUGAGCUCUGACCCCAGCCAGUCCUCGCUUGUGCAUCGUGUAACCACAAGGCCCGGCUUGGGAAGCGCUCCGGCCGAGGCCUCCUACAACGCCUCAACACUCCAGCUGCAGGCUACUGCAGAGCCCACACUUACCCCAGAGGAGGCAGAAGCAGCUAGCAGUCGCCCUCCCACUGAGGAGAGCAGUCCCCACCCGGUCAAGCCUCUGACCAACAUAGGAGUGCCAGGAGAGAAGAAAUCUGUGCUGUCGAAACUGCGCUCCUCCAUCCACCCUGGACGCUCCACACAGCAGAACAUCACCGAGUCGGAGAAACAACAGGUGUGCAUGUCAGAGGCCCACUCUCACUACCAGGGUCUGAGCAACAUGGAGCUGAUCGCUCUCCUGCUGCAGCAAGAGAUCGAUGCGGAGAGACAGCGGGAAGAGUCCGAGCUCCAGGCCACGCUGUUGGAAAAGCGUGAGGCCGAGCUAAAGAAGCUAAAGGUCCAGGUGCGAGAUUUAGAGGACUACAUCGACAAGCUGUUGGUGCGCAUCAUGGAGCAGACUCCCACCUUGCUGCAGGUACGCGGCAGGCCCAAGUGAUAUGUGCUUCACCUGUGUGAAAUGACAUUUUUCAGUCAUCUGCAAUCCUCAACAUCGAGAGGGAUUCAAGCUAGACUCGUGUUAUCAAGACAUCAUUUUGGACAAAACAGGGCCAGAGUCAUUGGAAUAUUAUUCAACCAGUGGUCAGUGUAAAAUUUGUUUUACUAAAAAGUUGCCACUGUGGGUGACUUUCUUAAUGUGAUGAAGCUUACCUCUGAAUUUUAACUGGUAUCAGUUUGCAUAUACACUGAUCAGCCAUAACAUUAUGACCAGUUUAAUAUUGGGUAGGUCCUCUUCUUGCCACCAAAACAAUGACGCACUGUGCGUUUCGCCACCUUUCUAUUGAAACCUUUCAACAAUUUGAGCUACAGUAGCUUCUCUAUUGGGUUGGACUACACAGAUCAAUCUUCACUCCCCACACAUAUCAUUGAGCCUCGGCUGCUGAUGAUCCUGUCGCCAGUUCACUGGUUUUCCUUUCUUGGACCACUUUUGGUAUGUCCUGACCACUGCAGACCAGGUCAUCCCAGAAGAGCUACAAUUUUGGAGUUCCUUUGACACACUACGAAAAGUGGUCUAGAGACAGGGGUCAUGGGUGACCAAAAGGGGUCAUGGGUGACGAAGGCUUGUUUGAUGCACAUGAUGAGUGAAGGCUGGCCUGUGUAGUCUGAUCCAACAGAAGAGCUCCUGUAGCGCAAAGUUAAUAUCGGUUUC